AUGGAACACCAAUGGCAUGUCACAAGAACGAUAAAGGAGAUUCCAUUCUUCACCUUUGGUCAUCGUAAACUAGAGGAGAAUAAGAUCUCUGAAUGUCCAUCUCUUCUUUUAGAGCCAAACUGGAAGGAACGGAAUCCACUCCAUGUUGCUGCUCGUUUAGAUGUUGUGAAGACUCUAGUUGCAUCGAUAACAUAUGUUUCAGCUAAUAUCUUGUUUGAAGAAGAGCGGGAAACAUUUAGUGUUGAUGUUGUAAAAGACAUAGAUGGAGAUACUCCUCUGCACGCAGCAUUGAAGGGGCUUCAUCUGGAGACCGCUCUCUCCCUCGUAAACGCAAACCAGCUUUUACCAUUUCUUGCCAAUAAGGACGGAAUAUCCCCUUUGUAUAUGGCUGUAGAAGCUGGAGGUCUAGCUCUAGUGAAAGCAAUGUUGAAAGGUCUUGGUAAUAACGUCCAUGGACAAGUUUCUUACUUGGCCUCAAAGUUAGAAGGGAGAAAAUCACUUGUACACGCAGCUCUAAAGGCGAAAAACAGAGGAUUUUCUGUAAAGUCUUCCAUCUGCUUUCUUUCUUGA